AGGAGGCUCCAGUUCUUGCCUGAUGUUAGCAAGUUAGCAGGUGGGGAGGGAGUUUCUCCUUUGUUCCUUGUUUUCAGGUCUCGGGAGAGCUCGCUUCGAUGAAACUGGAAGUCAAGGAUUCAGCUUCAUCCCAGUCUCAGGACCAAUUGGGCAUGAUAAUACCUCUACUGGAGCCUCCUGUCUCAACUAUAAAAUAGCAGUUCAGAUCUUUAAAUACCUGUUGAAUUACUUCAUUCAAAAUGGCGCCAGCAAUUGGAGGCCCAGUAGGAUACACACCACCUGAAGGAGGAUGGGGUUGGGCUGUGGUUAUUGGUGCCUUUAUUUCUAUUGGGUUUUCAUAUGCAUUCCCCAAGUCCAUUACAGUAUUCUUUAAGGAGAUCGAAAUCAUCUUUGAUGCAUCAAGCAGCAAAGUUUCCUGGAUCUCUUCUAUUAUGUUGGCAGUUAUGUACGCAGGGGGCCCAAUCAGCAGCAUCCUGGUGAACAAAUAUGGCAGCCGUCCAGUCAUGAUUGCCGGGGGCUGCCUGUCAGGCUGUGGCCUGAUCGCUGCCUCUUUCUGUAAUACUGUGGAAGAGUUGUACUUCUGUGUUGGUGUUGUGGGUGGUCUGGGCCUUGCAUUUAAUUUAAACCCAGCUUUGACCAUGAUUGGGAAGUAUUUCUAUAAGAAACGUCCUUUGGCUAAUGGAUUAGCCAUGGCUGGUAGCCCUGUAUUCCUGUCUACGCUGGCUCCUCUGAACCAAUAUUUCUACAGUAUUUUUGGAUGGAGGGGGAGCUUUUUAAUUCUUGGAGGACUUUUGUUGAACUGCUGUGUGGCUGGGUCAUUGAUGAGACCAAUAGGACCUAAGCCUGAUCAAGUGAAAAAAGAAAUUAAUAAGGAAGCAUUGCAGGAGAUCGGCAAAGGGUCAGUAAAAGAAACAGGAGAUGUUAAUACAGAUCUUAUUGCUGGCAAAAAUAAAAAGCAAAAGACUACAGUCUAUCAAACAAUUAACAAGUUUUUGGAUUUGUCACUCUUCACACAUCGUGGCUUCUUGAUUUACCUGUUUGGCAACGUGUUUAUGUUUUUUGGACUAUUUACACCAUUAGUGUUUCUUAGCAACUAUGGAAAGAGCAAACAUUUUUCUAAAGAAUCUUCAGCUUUCCUGUUAUCUAUUCUGGCUUUUGUAGACAUGGUUGCCAGACCAUCCAUGGGUUUGUUGGCAAACACCAAGUGGAUUAGACCUAGAGUCCAAUAUUUUUUUGCUGUGUCUGUUAUCUACAAUGGCGUGUGCCAUCUUUUGGCUCCUUUAUCUACUACUUAUGCUGGCUUUUGUAUCUACGCUGGAUUUUUUGGAUUUGCUUUUGGCUGGCUGAGCUCUGUCUUGUUUGAAACACUGAUGGACUUAGUUGGGACUCAGCGAUUCUCCAGUGCCGUUGGUUUGGUGACUAUCGUGGAAUGUUGCCCAGUCCUUUUGGGACCACCUCUUUUAGGUAAACUCAAUGAUAUAUAUGGUGACUACAAAUACACUUAUUGGGCAUGUGGCAUUAUCCUUAUUUUCUCUGGGAUCUUCCUAUUUAUUGGGAUGGGCAUCAAUUACCGGCUAGUGGCAAAAGAGCAGAAGGCAAUGGAUAAGCAGAUUGCUGAAGGAAGAGAAGAAGAAACCAAUAUUGAUGAAGCUGAAAAACAGAAGGAGUCCAAUCUACCUCCAAAAACCACAGAAGAUGGUAUAAAAGAAGAUAGUCGUGUGUGAGAGACUCAUAAAUCCAGAAGGUUUUGUAAUCAUUAAAAAAUACUGACAUAUUCGAGGGAACUGCUGGUCUUAAUGAACAGUGGUAGAAAAUGAUAUAAAUCAGGCUUUUUCAAAAAUAUAAAACCUGUUACUGCAGAUAGUAUUUUUUUUAUCAACACCUGAUAUGUAACAGGUCAGUGGGCAGUGCUAGCAUUUUAGUAGGGUUUUUUUUGGGGGGGGGGUCAAGGUGGGAAUGUGUACUCUGCUUCUCUCUUUUAUCAGCAGUGUGAAUGUAUUAAUAUGUGCCUUAGAGCUUCCAUGUCUAGGCUAUUUUAGCAAAGCCUUAACACUGUUCUGUAAAUUGUUGUAGGGUUUGUUUGUUUUUGUGUCUACGAGGCAAUAUUCAUAAAAAAUAGCUGGCUUGUUUUAUUAGGGAUCAAAAUUGGCUCGUAUGCAAAAACCAUUUCCUAUGCUCCUUACUGCCAGUCUCAUGGUAGGUGUACAAAUAUUUUGCGCAAACAAAUGAAGAAAAGACUGGUGGAUCCUUUAAAAAAAAAACAGUAUGGCAGGCCUAAUGUUUCUAGAUACCAGAUUCUAAGAUAUGUUUCUAAUAACUUCUAAAAACUUUCCCAACUUGUUGGGCUUCUUUGAAUAAAAUAUGUGAACAUUUUCAUACUGUCUUCACUUGACUUUCUCUGGAGAGGAAAUUACUUUUCAAUUACCAUUACUUUUUGAUUUGUUACAUGCUUUGAAAAAGUAUCAUUAUCCUGAAUUGAAGCUGGGAUCAGUGUAAGAGGAUAGCGUAUGCAAUUAUUGAACAAAGUUAAAGAUAUAAUAUUUUCAUUAACUCUUUAAGCUUUGAAGUAAGAAAUUCUAAGGAUAUUGCCAAACAUACUUACUUAGAAGUAAGCUUCAUUGAAAUCAAUAUUGCUUACAUUUAGGUAAUGAUAAAAUUUGCACUAUUACCAUGGAUAGUGAUACUGAUAUAUAACUUUCACUUAUGAGUUAUGCUACUUCCAAAGGGAUAUAUUUUUGUUUUAUGCUACAGCUUUUUUAAAAAAAAUACUUCUCGGUUGGAGGGGGGUGUCAAUAUUUCUCCUUAUUUUGUAUAGUGUAAGUACCAAGAGAAUAUUGUCUUAACACAGCUAUAGUGUCAGGACAGACAACAUUUUAUUAAUCUGUGCUCAGGAUAGAUAAAAUAUUCAGUCUUUCAUGCUUUUCAUGUUGACUUACUCUGAGUGGAUUAUAUUUUAAUAUGAUAUAUAGCUGCUCAGCUGUGUUUUUUUAAACUUUGUACAAAGUAGAAACCUGUGUGUUUCUUGUAUUGAAAAAUACCACACUUCAAGGACAAGUGAAAAACAGCUUUCUGGUCACAAGCCAGGCCCUGCAGCAAAUCGAUCAAAAGUUUAGAUUAUGUAAAUUACAUUUGCAUAGUUCACCCAUUAAAUGUGACUAGUUCUUUUCCUAUUUCAGUUAUUCGUACAGUAAUUCAAAAUGUAUGGGAGCAAGUCUGGGAGAUGAUUGGUUUAAAUGAUCUAUUUGUCAUGUAAAAUAUUAUUCUACAAAUGUCAUAAUAUAGUUAAUUACUUAAUUUCCUGAAAGCUGGAAAAUUUAUUGAUAUAAGUAUUCCUUUUGCUUGCAAAUGGGUGCUUGCUCUAGUGUAUGUAGUGUUUUAUGUCACUACUAAAGUGCAAAACAAUAUGCUGCUAGAAUCCUACUUUUCAUACAGCAAAAUAUUUAAUAUUUCAGUAGUCUUAUGGGGAAUAUAUGGCAAGUAAAAUUUCAUUUCUGAUUAUAUAUGUCAUGGUAUGAUAUGCUCUUGAUUGUCCUACACUACUGAAUCUCAUUUGCUACUGCUUAGACAAUGGACAAAAACUAGCAAAAUCUGUGUUUUAUAAUUCUGAAAAAUAAAUAAAUAUUAGACUGCCAGGACAAAGCAGUGCAUAGAUAUACUAGUAAUGAAUAAUGUCACUAACCUGUUGUAUGCUUAUUCCAUUUAAGAUUCAAUCUGCAUGAUUUGUAGUAUAUUUGUUUUAAAAACAUGGAUAUAAAUCAAAUUGCAAUUAAUUAAUUUUAUUAUUAAGAUUUUUUCGUACAGAGAGACAAAUAGGUAAUCAUAAAAUGGUUGUUCUUGGAGGUUGUUCUUCAACAAAAGCUAUUAAAAUGAAUGCAGAUUAUCUUCAAUUUUUCAGGUAUUGGCUUGGCCAAUUACACAAAACAUUUUUUGUGUAAAUGUGUGUACAUUGAUUUAGCAAUAUUCCAAGAAUGUAGAAAUUCCAGGUUAUGGACUAUGUUGCUAUACUCAUGUGCAAACUAAUACAUUUCCAGUUCUCUUUGCAGAAUGUGUGGCCAGUGAUGUUCCUUUAAGAAUCCCCAAUUGUAGUACAGGCACAUUCCCACAUGUUCUUAUAGUAGAACAAGAAAAACAUUUGUAUAAUGUAAAGGCAGUACCUGUGAGAUCUAGAAAUAUUCUUCUAGCAUGUAAGUUGAUAUGUGAUUGAGUUGCUCAAAUGUAUGGAAGCUAGUAAAGUGUAAAAAACAACAAGCCAAAAAGCGCACAAGGCAUAUGCAGGAUAGUUCUGGAAAUAAAUAUUGAUUAAUACUUUUUCUCUAAGAAUUUUUCACUCCCCAUAAAAACACCAUGUAGACAUACCUGUCUUUAAGUACUAAUCAUAACAUGAUACUCUGCUCCCUUUCUACUAACUGAAUUUAGUAGAUUGAAAUAUUAUUUAAUAAGUUUGAUCCCUAAUGUUUUUCCAUGUGUGAUGCACAUUUAUUUUGUAUAAGCCAAAUUAAAAAUAAAUUACUUUUCCAUAAGACACUUGCUUUGUUAAGCCUCCUAUUUGCUGAAAUUUAAGUCGGCUUCAUGCAAGUCUGCAUGAAAUUAACAGGUAACUGCUCCAAAGCUAAACGUUUAU